AUGGCAUUACGAAUGCCACUUUCCGCAACCACAAAGCUGGUCCUCGAAAUAAGUAGCGUAGGGACCUGCGACCUGGUAGCCGAUAUCACAACUCUUGAUGGAACCGUAAAAGCGAGAUACGUAGAUUUCCAUAACGCGUUUUCAGUGAACCAGCAGACCUGGGACUUCGACUUGUCAGAGUGGAGCCCUGGAUGGUACAGUAACGUGGGGGCCUCUGGAUCCCGUAUAACUGAAGAGAAUAUUCUGGUCGUCACAUAUCGACCAUGGGGAGGAUAUUCGGUCGAACGCCGCCUGAACUUGACUGCUUUCAUCACCGUUCGUGGCGAUAAGCUUGAGUUCAAUAGAUGGUCUCCCGGGAUCCACUUGUCUGCUUCCUGUCAUUAUUUUCAGGGCUCAGUAUUAUCAGCUUGGUGUCUCACUAAAUCCGGCCAACUGCAACGUUCUUCAAUCGAUCUCAAUGACCACAUUGGCGUAGAGGAUGACGAGUUUGUUGUGGGAGGCUCGGGUUUCGCAAGCAGAGUCAGCGGCCUUCGUCUUGAGAAAAAAGACGGUCACCUUUAUAUGUAUGCGAUGCUCAAGAAUGCCCGAGGAUCCUGGUUCGAGCCGAAGAAGCAAGUGAAUUUGUCUUUCGCGCUGUUGAACAAGGACGGCAAACUCGUCUGGGAGCCAAGCGAUGGCUUAUUCGACAGAAACGGCUUCUUCGCCAGAUUUCUGGAGGAUGUUCCGUUUGUCGGCUUAGUUGUGGCAGCUCUGCACCUGAAUGCCGGAAAUCUUGAUCACGCUAAGGGGGCUGCUAUCAGAGCAACGAGUAAAACUCUGAUGGCCGUGUACUCAGGGGCCAUUGGAGCAACGCUCGGGCCAGUUGCCGCUAUCCUUCUCUCCUCGAUAAUGACGCCUCAUAUUAUGAUAUUGGAAAACAGAAUUGCGAAUGAGAUUAUCGACGAUCCUACAGCACUUGACCGAUUCCAGAAAGUGACUAUAGCAAGAGUGGUAGUUGAGGGUCUCGGGUCAAUGGCUGGAAGCGGUGGUGGUGAGAUUAUGAAGAUAUGGGCGUCCAAACUGUCGCAACCUUAUGUGGAGAAAAUCGCAAACGAAGUAAUUCGAAAGGCUGGAACUUUUACUGUUGAGAAGGUAUCAGGGAAAGCGGGUGGAAAGUUUACGGAGACACUAACAAAGAUUGUUGCUGGGGAAGCAAUGCCAAAGGAGUGGGAGGACGCGGCGGUGCCAAUUCAUUCACGAGCUAUACAAAUGUAG